UGCAGUCAAAUUACUCGGAUCAAAACUUCUUCUUUUAAUAGUGCUCUCUGUAUGACCUAUUUUGUGUACUGAAAAUAAAGCAUAACUAAGAAAUCUGCUACGUGUUAUUGAUCAGUGCGACGAUUUUGUUAUCAGUCUUUUGUCGUUGAUAGUCAAGAGCCCACAUAAUUAAUUCGCUUUCAAAAAAGGCUGUCACAGUAUAACAAUUGCCUCGAACGAAUUGAAUGUAGCAUAUAUUAGUAACAUCAGACAACUACAGUAGAGAAUCUUUGAAGAAAAAACCACUUAGCUAGUGAGAGUCCACGACGCUGCUUUCUGUUUGUGUAGGCUAAGAAUUUAUAAAUAAAACAAGUGCAAACUGAUAAAUUACUCGGGCGUUCUCAACGUCCUCCGAUCUCUCGGCUAAACAUUCUUCGAAAGAGAGCGAAAACAAAAAGGGGUUUGACAGAGCCAUCACUGCAUCACUGUAUCAUCGAUUAUCGCUUUAGUAGACAAAAUUCGCUUCUGGCAGGUGUUUACUGCCGUCAGGAAUAUUAUGGUUGGCCAGCAGAAAUUUCGUCUUAGCGAAGUGUCCGUUUUAAAUGCGGAUCAUGUUAAAAUUCGCGAUCCGGACAAGGUGGAAAUGAUGCUGAAUGAAUUGGUUGCCGGAGGUAUCGAAAAACUGCAAGUUGUGACAGAUUUUGAUUACACAAUUACUAAACAGCGGCUCACUAAUGGUGAAAAGAUUCUCACCAGCUUCGGAAUGUUUAACGAGUGUAGAUCGUUACCAACUAGUGUGCUGGAGGAAUCGAAAAAGCUUUUUGAGAAGUACCGACCGAUUGAGAUCGAUCCACACAUGCCAUUGGAUGAAAAAAUCGUUUAUAUGAUUGAGUGGUGGAGCAAAACCGGCGAUUUGCUGAAGGGAUUUCCUCUACCGCGGGAAGAGAUCGCCGAGGUUGCUAUGCGCUUCAAAGAUGGCUUGCGAGACGGAACCCAUCAGAUGUUCAGGGACAUGAACGAGCAACGGAUACCGUGUUUGGUAUUUUCUGCUGGUCUCGGUGAUACUGUUAUGUCCGUCCUCCGGCAAGCUAAUGUGUUAUACCCGAAUGUAAAAGUGAUUUCAAAUUUUCUGCAGUAUGGCGCCGAUGGCAACUUGAACGGACUGCAGGAAAAAAUGAUUCAUACGUUUAAUAAGAAUGAAACAGCUCUGAAAGGAACUGAGUAUUAUGAAUUAGUGCACGAUCGAGACCACGUUAUUGUGAUGGGUGACUCGAUUGGAGACGCAGGGAUGGCCGACGGCAUUCCGACUUCAUCACAUGUACUGAAGAUCGGCUUUCUGUUUGAUCAUCCCGAGCAAAAUCUACCACGAUACAUGGACACCUUCGACAUCGUAUUGAUUGACGACCAAACUAUGGACGUGCCACGAGCGAUAUUAGAGAUGGUAAAAAAUAAAUCUCACCAGUAGUGGAGCGUUCACUAUCCCAUAAAACGCGUUAGUAUGGUUUUGUGACUUCUCAUUGGUGUGUUUAUUCUUCCUCAAUGUUUGUUGUUUAGUGAAAUGUGAGAAUACGUUCUUCGAUGCCUCUUUAACAGUGCGAAUGCCACUGUUUAAAACGAUAGGCUCUUUAGCUUUAAAAUUGCAUGAACAAGAGCACAAGAGGACUUCAGUCCACGUAAAUACUUAAAUUGAAUUACAAAACAAGUUAUGAUAUUGGUGAAUGACCCUUUGGGUUAAAACCACUCAAAAAAAAAAAAAAAAAAAGUUAUGAUAUGCUGCCUAUCGGUAGUACUUAUAGCAAUUUUAAUUUUUACUUGCAUAGGGAGCAACAGAAGGUAACGCGAAAGAAAAAGGACAAACAUAAUACCACCCAGAUUGAUUUUAGCACUUUUGCAGUAACAUUUUAUUUAUCAUUUCUAUAACUUUUGAAUAGUAGGUAAAG